GAAAACCAGAAGAUACAAUGCACAUUCAAGGUUGACAUCCCAGACAUGGGUCAUCUGGACGGAGGCACCGAACGCGACAUCAAGGCUCUCAGCAAGAUUCAGAUACCUAUGUGGAUGGCCUACAUCCUCAUAUAUUCCGAUUACGCAGACUUCAAUAUACCGCCACCCUUCCAAGCACGAGUGCGGAACGCACUGAACGCGGAGGCACGAAGUGUGAAAUUGUCCAAUCUGGUGGGCCAAGGGGGCCUGUGGUAUGGCUUCGGCCGCAUGAUCAUGAAACUGCUUGAUGAUGUCCCCGCCAACGAAAUCUCGAACAUCCUCGUCAAGACAUUUCGUGCCCGGCUCCCAGAAGUCAUUGAUCAAGCCCAACACUUCGCUUCGAUAAAUGUGUCGGGGGGUGGUGCGGGUGCCAGCGACGGCACUCUGGCGUUUCGCGAAGGACUGGAUGGCACGGAACGCGAGCUGUUCGCGUCGGCACAAGACAGUGCGCGGAAAACGAAGAGGUGGUACGAAAUGACUGAACGCGGGCGGCGAUGAAUAUCAUGUGGGCCAAAGGGGUAUGCUGUAUUGUAGAUUAUGUCGUAUGGCGUUUGUAUUGUAAUACGGGUUCAUUCAUUCAUUCUUCUCCUUCCGUUCCGUCUUCUGCUCUGCAGCGGGAGGAACAGCCUUCUGGAGCUCGGUGACGAA